CUGGUCAUAUCAUUGUUGUCCUAGUUAAACAUUAUUCAAUUAGACCAUAAUAGAAUUAUUCAAUUACUAUGGAUCCAUUAAUGGGUGCAAUUGAAAACGCAGAGGAACCCGAAUGGCUUGAAAAACUCGUAUUUGGAGAAGUAAGAGUGUGGCAAAUUAUGUUUCUUUGCCUUGCUGGUAUCACGACACUAAUUGUCAUGGUGUGUUGCUGUUUCCGUUUCCGGAUUCCUCGCACGAAACAGCAGAUAGAAGCGGACUACAAGCGGCGGAAAAUAACUAAUAAGUUUAGACAACAACUGGAGACUAUACACGAUAGUAAAAUGGACACGAUAUCUUUAAAAGACGCAUUAGACCUGCUGCACAAGCAAAAUCAUUCAAUGGAAGAAAACCAGGGAUUUCAGCCGAGCUCAAUGUCUCCGCAACAAAGUUCACUUGAGACUUCCAUACAGCAGAAUGUGAAAAUAACAGAACCAGAUCCACCGGGAGGACUCAGCUUCGUAAAGUUCGCCACCAAAGUUGCCAACUUAUCAAAAAUAAGUCCACCCAAAUCUCCCACCUCACCAACUGCGACCGGAAGCAAAAUGGAUUUUUAAAAAUGUUUUAUAGUAAUUAACUAGAAAUAUAAGAUAGUUAACAAUGCAAAUGUAAAACAAUCGCUGCCCUUUGUGCGUUAAAUCAUUGGUGCGCUAGGGACGUUCUAUCGAUAAACGCUCACAAUUCUUCAUUCAUCUCAAUAUCAGAGCAAUGUAUGUUUGUCAUGAGUAUAAUAAUGUAUCGUUAAUAAAACUUGCACAACCUAGGUAAAUGCGUAAUACCAUGCGUAAGUAUUUUAAGCAUAAAAAUUAUUAAAUUAUAUUGUUAUGAGUUUUGAGACUCUAAUAAAAAAUAAUGAUAACAGCACAAAGCUUGGAAAACGAAAACCUCACCUGUACAUUUUUACUUUUUAAAUUAUACUUCUUUAGGUGCUAUAUGAAAAUAUGAUGAGAGUGAAUGCGAAUGACUAUAACACAAAAGUAACAGGGUGAAGUUGGUUCCUAAAAUUUUCUGGUUUUGCGACAUUUUUUUUUGGUUUCUUCGUCCAUUAUUAGGAUAGGCAAAGGGUUCAAGCCCAUCCAGCCGUAUUCGUUAUUUAGUAAUUAAUUGUCAAAGCCAUCGUUGCAAGAUUUUUAGAAUAUUGUUCUUUCUACAAACGUAGAAUGGCACGAGGAAUAAAUAAUUUUAAAGAUUUUUGCUUUGUUAGGCCAAAGAAGUAUAACUUCUUGCGUGCAUACAUAACUACACACACACUUUUUUUUAAUUGCAAUACAAUUUUAACAAUUAAAUCCAGGUCCAAGCCAUUGUCGGCGCACUAUUAAUACGGAUGUAGGUAACAAAUUUGGAGAUUGUAAUAAAAAUAAUAUUGUUUUUAUUAAUACGUAUGUAUCCAUCCUUACUCUGUGGUUAUACUUCAUCUGUCUUAUUAAUAAAUGCGAUGUAAAGUUACUCCGAGUUUAAAAUUACUUCUCCCUGACAUGUAAUUCUGUAGUGACAAAAGUAAGAUAAAGACAAAAGUUUUACAAAUGGAGUAGCUUUAGGCCACGUUCAGAUGACAAGCGCUCAACGAGCGUUGAAUAUUAUUAUAUAGUGUUCGCAUAGUACGCGUUUGUCAGGCGUUAAAUGCGUGCCGCCCUGUUUCAGUUUGAGUUCUACAUUUGUCGGACAUGGAUGUAUAAACAAUUUCUUGUUUCCUUCAUUGUCAUGCUCUUUACAGAAUAUAAGGACGAGUUCUUUCCAAGCCCGUCUUCUUAAAUUCUUAUCUGAAUAAUCGCUUCUUGUCAUGUCCCAAAUCGCAGGACGUUUCUCUAUUUCAUCAAUCAAUAAUUCCUAUAAAAGCUUCGGUUUCCAUUUCGGACGAUUUCCGGACGAACUAGAUGAACCCUAAAAUAUGUAUAUCCACGUCGAAAGCGCGCGCCAGAACACUUACUCUAACGAGGCGCGUGCUCAACUGAACGGAAACAUAGAAAACUAAUGAUCUCCAAGCGCGCGUUGACAAGAAUGGAGCGCUAGCGCAGCGUUCAUUGCGCGCUUUAUUAAAACGCGCGUUAGCAUGUGUACGGCCUGAAUAAAAUGUAUGUAGUUGUAAGCGCGCGUUAUCAAAACGCGCGUUGAGCGCUUGUCAUCUGAACAUGGCUUUACACUGCGUAUAUUAAUAAGACAGGUAAAGUAUACUUAAUUCAUUAUUAUUAAAAUUUUGAACUGAACGAGGCCAUCUUUUUUUUGACAGAAAGGUUGUAAGGGCGCGCCAAUAAUGUCUGUACACGGCUAGUGGGGUGGAUCUAGCUUAUAUUGCCAGUUCAGACAACUCGCCAUCACAAAGGUUAUUUUGCAUGACAGAGUGCGCCAAUUUGGCCAGACUUAUCCGGUGCGCAGUAAAAGUGUACUUUAUCCUAUUUUUGUUGAUGAAUAAUUAAUUUGAAAAUUACCACAUUCUAUUUAUAUUAAGCAUUAUUAAGAACUGAUGUAACUUUCUUCUCAAAAUUAUUGUUAACUUCAUUAUAAAAUAGAUAUGUUUGACCACAUUUUGGUGCUGUCUUUAUUGUCUGUUAGUAUUAUAUGCAUUUUGUACUUAUAUUCGAGCUUGUAACGACAUUUGCUAACUUGUUAUUUAAAAUAUAAGAAAAUUUGUGAUAAACGCUUUUCUAGCUUCUUCAAAUACGUGACGGUAGCAUGUCUAAAUAGUUUAAGGAUAAAUUAAACAACAUAUUGUAAUGCA